AUGUACGGGUUGCUAUGUGAGAGUCUGCACGACUUCAUUAAAGAAUCCUAUGGGGAUGAUGUCUGGAAACUCGUCCGCGAGAGGGCAGAUGUCAGACUGCAUUCCUUCGUUACACAUCAGGUUUACAGCGAGAGUGUCAUUCCUCGCAUUGCCAAAGCUGCCAGUGGGGUAACAGGAACCCCCUACAAUGAGCUGAUGAACUCUUGGGGUGUUUACUUUCUGGGAUUUGUAGGGAAGUAUGGCUAUGACAGAAUAUUAAAGGUUCUGGGGCGACACGUCAGAGACUUUGUUAACGGGCUGGACAACCUACACGAAUACCUCCGAUUCAGCUACCCGAAAGUCCAACCCCCCACCUUUUUCUGUCAGGAAGAAUCAGCCACUGGAGUUACUCUGCAUUACAGGAGUAAGAGGAAAGGCUACCUGCAUUAUGCCAUGGGCCAGCUGAGGCAGAUGGGAAAGCAGUUCUAUGACACCGACAUCCAUGUGGAGGUUCUGAGUGAGCAGCUUGUGGGAGACUACUCCCAUGUCACCAUGAGGUUGAACUUUGAUAACUCAGCCUACCGGUAUAUCCAGAAGGAAGAUGAAGAGGAACAGGAGAUACUGCCCAUCACUAGUGACUUCUUCUUUGAGGUGUUCCCCUUUAACAUUGUCUUCAGACAGGAUAUGGUUGUUCAUAAUGUAGGCUCAGGCCUGGCCACUGUUUUCCCAGAUUUGGAUGGAAAAAAGAUUAAUGAUGCCUUUCUGCUGGCCCGGCCCUUGGUGGAGUUCACCUGGAACAUGAUUAUUUCACACCCAAACAACCUGUUCGAGAUCAUGUCAAAGGAACCAGUAAAGAGAGAGAGGAACCUGCACAAUCGAGUUCAGAACUCUGAUUACGAGAAUGCUAAUCGAUCUGCUGAUGUUGAUGUGGAGCUUAUGGCAUUUCAGUCAAUUAUUGGAGAUGAUUACAAAGACGGAAACAGCUCGAACGCCAUGGAGAGCUGGGGAGAUGGGAGCCGCUGCUUGAAGCUGAAGGGGCAGAUGAGAUACAUGCCUGAGUGGGAGUCCAUUAUCUUUCUGGGCACACCUGUGAUGGAGAGGUUGAGUGCCAUGUUUAAGACUGGAUUGUACAUAAAUGACCUGAGCAUGCACGACUCCAGCCGAGAUCUUGUUCUAGCAGGAACGCAACAGUCCGAAGAGCUAAAAAGAGCCCUUAUACAGGAGCAAAAAAAGUCCAGUAAAUUGGAGGAGAGCAUGAAGAUGCUGGACUAUGAGAUGAAGAAGACGGAUGAUUUGCUCUACAGAAUGAUCCCCAAGCCAGUUGCCAAGCGGCUACGCAAAGGAGAGCCAGCUGUCAACACUUGUGAGGUGUUUCCAGAUGUGACCAUCCUCUUCAGCGAUGUCGUGGGCUUCACUCGCAUCUGCAGCCACAUUACUCCCAUGCAGGUUGUGUCAAUGCUGAACACCAUGUACACACUCUUCGACACCCUCAGCGAGAAGCACAGGGUCUUCAAGGUAGAGACCAUAGGAGAUGCAUACAUGGUGGUGGCUGGUGCGCCUGAGAAAACCAAGUAUCAUGCCCAUAAUAUCUGUGACAUGGCCCUGGAUAUGGUGCGCUCCAUCGACCACCUGAAGGACCCCUCCACUGGGAACAACAUCCAGAUCCGCGUUGGAAUCCAUUCUGGGAUGGUGGUGGCCGGAGUGGUGGGACACAAGAUGCCACGCUACGGUCUCUAUGGAGACACAGUCCACACAGCCUCUGCCAUGGAGAGUAAUGGGAAGGAAAUGCAUAUCCAGUUAAGCAGUGCCACCUAUGAACACCUCAAGGGAAGUCAUUUUAUUUUUGAGAGGAGAGGCACUAUCACUAUUAAGGGCAAUGUUGAAAUUGAGACUUACUGGCUAAAGGGGAAGAGAGACAAAGAUGGUAAUGCCCAGGCCGCUUGCCCACAGUUUGAAACUCAGACCAUCAGCAAGGCCACCAUCUCCCCCCCAGACUCCCCCAUCGAUGAGGAUGAAUUGGUCUUUCCUUCAGUGGCAGGAGAUGACGAGGAUGAUGUGAAGUCCCUUCGAUCCCAUCGGAUUAAAAUGGAGGUCUCAGGGAACUCACUAGAAGAGUCUAUAGAGGAGUGUGGUGUGGAGGAAACAUCUGUGAGUAAGUCUCACUAUAAGGACUCACUUCUGGAUAAUGGUCUUCAGGAUGUACACCAUGAACUGGACUCCCCAGAGUUCAAUGGGAAAGAUUCUAUCAUCGAAUCUCCUGACUGCUCCUCAGACUCCCGCAGGUCACAGAAGAGUGUCCUGUGCUCUGUGUGUUGAUAAAAGAAACCCUGCACUGUGUCUUUCCUGUUCUAUGGAGUUCAGGUCAAUAAGACCUUCCCCAAAAGAUGAGCUACUAACAUAGGUGGUAUGUAAAACGUUGUAGAAGAGUGGGUUAUUUUUUAAUUACUUAUCUAUGUAUUUUCAUCUGGAAAAUAAUACAUUUUUAUAUAUAUUCAGCUUUUGUUGUUUUCUAACAUAAUCUUUCAUUAAGUUUUUAGUCGGAGACUAGCUGCUAUUUGAACCAAUGUAAUCAUAUGUUGACUUGUUAAAUACUUGUUGCACGUUCUUGGAAAUUAAAGACAAAUUUUGGUCUGAAUACUUUAGAAAAUAAAAAAAAUACCCAAUAUAACAUUCCACUGAUUUGUCACAACAUUAGAUGAAAGUUGUUAUUCAUGUUUUUUGUUUAUUGUUCCAAGAGCCACAUAUUGGUGAAAAAAAGAACUGAAGUGGUUUAUUGAAAAACUAUAAAGCAUUUAACAUAGAUACAGGCAGAGCCCAUACUGUAAAUACUUUGAAGACGGACUUUUUCCCCACAUGUCUUGGUAAUAUCUUUGGCUCUUGACUGAGUUUUGCAAUGUGAAAAGGCUUCUGAUAAUAUUGAUGUGUGGUAAGGGAAAAAGCUUACAGUUAGGA